AUGUAUAAAAGACGUUGACAGUCCCUCAGCUCAACACAUUCGAAGUCUGUCUCCCUAUCCAGCGACACCAGUCGAAGAAGCCAACUCCACACCAAAAUGUUCAAACUGUUCGUUCUCGCUGCUCUUUUGGCCGUGGCCGCUGCCAAACCCAGUCACCUGGCUGGAUCUCCUCUGGUCUACGGCGCUCCCGCCACCACCACCGUCGUCCAGGAGCCCGUUCUGGCCAAAGUAGGAUCCGUGGUGAAGAGCGUGCCCACCGCCGUGUCCCACCAGAGCCUGACCCAGGUGCACAGCACCCCCGUUGUGGAGGAUGUGGUCGCCCCCGUGGUCAAGACCACCGCUGUCCACUCCGCUCCCGUGUUGGCCGCCGCUCCCAUUGUGAAGACCGUGGCUCCCGUCGCCUACUCCGCUCCUCUGGCCUACUCGGCCCCGGUGGCCUACUCCUCGUACGCCGCUCCUCUGACCUAUUCCGCACCCGUGGCCUACUCCGCGCCCCUCUCCUACGCCGCACCCGCCCCCCUGCUGCACCACGCCCCCCUGACCUACGCCGCUGGCGCCUGGUAAUGUGGCGCGGAUCGAAAGAGUUUGAAGUGUGCCUUAUUAGUUGGAAAAAACCGAAAUUGAAAAAAGAAUAAAUUAAAUGUGAAUACCAAACAGUUACUGUGUGUUUAUCACAAAUAUGGGGAUCUUAAAAACAAUUCAAAUAUUUACAAAGAAUCGAUCUUAAAAGUGCAGCAUUAAACAAACAUAUUCUACAUAUCUGAAUGUUUUAAAAACUGAAUUGAGUUCAUUUGAAACACAAUACUUCAUUAAAAAUGUUAUCUAUGCAGAACAAAAAAACUUUUUGCAUUUACCAAAGCUGUAUUGAAUAAAGAUUUUAUCAUUAUCCCAGUGAA